AUGGUGGAUUAUACAACAAAAAGAGCAUCUUACACAUACAAGGGAAACAUUCUUGAGUACAUGUCGGGAAUUGAUUUAUCAUGCAAUAGAUUACUAGGUGAAAUCCCCAUAGAGAUUGGAAAUUUGAGUGAAAUUCAAUCACUAAACUUGUCACACAAUAAUUUGACUGGACAUAUACCGUCAACAUUCUCAAAGCUUAAGAAAACUGAGAGUCUGGACCUUUCUCACAACAACCUUAUUGGAAGAAUCCCUGUUCAAUUGACGGAGUUGUACACCUUAGUAGUCUUCAAUGUGUCAUACAACAACUGGUCAGGGAGUAUUCUGUCUCUAAAAGCUCAAUUUGGAACCUUCGAUGAUAGCAGUUAUGUGGUGGUGGUCGUAGAGGGGCGAAGUCAACGGCACGCCUGUCGACGUGGUGAGGCUACGGCACGAGAAGGGGGCUUGGGUUUUUGA